AUGUCGGGUCAAGAGCAAGAAGUUUCGAGCUCAAACAUUCAGAAUGAUGCUGUAUCUCCCCCAUCGGGAGAGGAUCCCGAAGAAAAAGUGCCGAUAGCAACCAUUAUGGCCAUAUUCUUCAUGGGCUUGUCUUAUGUCCCCGCUAUAUCAUGUGGACUAGUCCUCCCGGUUGGAAUUCUCGCCCAGAUUGGACAGGCCCUUGAUGACAUGGAAAAUAUUGGGUGGAUUCCUGGUGGUUGGUCUGUAGCUUCGGCAGUCUCUUUCGCCAUUGCUGGUGGCUUGAGUGACAUCUUCGGUCGUCGAUAUGUCCUGAUUGGAGGACAAAUAAUGGUUUUGAUUGGUGCUAUUAUUGGUGCAACAGCCCAUACCACGCUUAUUGUUGCUUGCGGAUCUACGAUCAUUGGAUUUGGGGCCGGGAUGAUCUUCGUGUCAUAUCCUGGCAUUACAGAAUUGCUUCCCAAUAAAUAUCGUGGUAUUGGUAUCGGCUGGACCGAGUUCUGCAUUACCAUUCCUUGGGGAGGCUUCAGCGUCCUAAUUGCUAAUGAGCUUGCCCUCAAUGCCUCUUGGCGAUGGUGCUAUUAUAUUGCUAUUAUCUACUCGGUCAUCGUUAUCGUUGGAACAGCCAUUUUCUACUUCCCACCAUCUCAUCCACGCCACGACUACGACAAGACCCGAUGGCAAGAGUUCCAGGAAUUGGACUUCAUUGGCUUGGCUCUUUUCACCGUCGGUUUGACAGUUUUCCUCGUUGGCUUGACUUACCUCGGAAAGUCUUCCUAUUCAGUAGCCCUAGUUGCCGCCACUGUUACCAUUGGCGCUCUCGUAUUCAUCGCCUGUUUCGUCUAUGACUUCACGAUUCCCAAGAAUCCAAUCUUCCCGUACCAUCUCUUCGCCAUGUUCAAGGAAUUCACGGUCCAUCUGAUCAUUCUCUUCAUCGCCGGCAUGAUCUGGCAGGCAGUCACUACACUGGCACCCCAAGCAACUCUCUACAUGUACACGAACAAGCCAGUUCAAAUUGGAAUCACACAAAUCCCAGGUAACCUCUCUGGAGUCAUCGGAGGCUGGAUCCUUCCUUCCUUGGUCCACAAAAUCAAGCACGUCCGCCAACAAAUCAUCUUCGCGCUUGUCAUCCAAACCGUCUUUACCGCCUGCUACGCAGCCGUGAUCCCCGAGCACAAGUACGCCUGGAUGAUCUUCCAGAUGUUCGGGCAAUGUUGCUUCACCUGGGUAACGUCCCUCGCCUACGUCGCUUCGGGCCUCUUUGUGCCGCAAGAAGAGCUCGGCGUCUCAGCCGGGCUCAUCGGUACCUUCCGCAGCGCAGGAGGCAGCGUAGGCAACGCUAUCUUCUCCACCAUCGCCACCUCGAUCGUGAACAAGCAGCUCGGGCCACGGAUCGCAGCCGCUGCCAUCGGUGCUGGUUACUCCCCUGCUGGUCUCGAGGCUUUGAUCCCCGCUGUUAUUGAAAAUGCUGUGGGUGUUCCGUUCGCGUUUGCGAAGACGAAUGCUUCGACAGCGGUGAUUGAGGCGACAGGACACGCUUUCAAGGAGACGUAUGCGUAUGCUUUCCGCAGGGUGUUCCUUGCUACUAUCCCUUUUGGAAUAAUUGGAAUAAUUGCAGCGUGGUUCGUCAAGGAUCCUAGCCAUCUGUUGAACAACCAUAUCGCGAUCCAUCAGGAGAGAGAUGUCUUGUCUGGGAAACGCUUCAAUCCGGGGGAGAUGGAGCAGAUUGAGCACCGUGGUGAGGAUGGAAUGGAGAAGCAGGCUUAA